AUGGGGAAACUGAUCAAGAUGGGGACACAGGAGAGGCGGUUACUCCGACCAAAGAAGCUUCACUGGAGUCGCCUCCUUUUCCUCCUGGGAAUGUUGAUCAUUGGUUCCACUUAUCAGCACCUGAGGAGACCCCAGAAUCCCCCCUCAAUGUGGACAAAAUUUUCCCCCCAGCAGCCUAUUAAACUGGCCAUCAGGGACCUCCCCAAUGAUGAGAUGACAGUGACGGGCGGUGACCCUCCAGAGGCCAGCUCUGAAGGGGAGGGUGAGAUGCUAGUACCCCAAGACACAGUGAUCAUGGAUGACGCAUCACCAAUGGAGGAUACCCCCAAUCCACCCAGAACAACCAAGAUCCCCCCAACAUCACUGAAGUCCAGUUAUAGCCCUGCAGCAGCUGGCACAAGAAGACAAAAAGAAAACAUCCCACCCACACCUGGCAGAGCGCCAAGUCACUUCAUCUUAACUUCAGGCAGACAGAGGGUCAAAAGUUACACCCCAAAACCCAGAGGCGAAAGGAAGAGCCCCAGCCCAGCUCACCACAGAGAAAAAGGAAGGACGCAUACCCCAUCCCCAGCAGGUGCACCUCGCACAGUCAGCCUCACAUCAGCAGAGAGAGACAGUGAAACCAUGGCAACCUAUAGGCUGUCAGAGCCCAGAUCUGAGAGAACAGCAGGAGAAACCAGGGCAGCUCCUCUCAAGAGAAAGGUUCUCAACACCCCGACUUUCUUAACAAGUGGAGUAGAAACAAAUCUGGUGACUUCUCCAAGUCUGGUGGAAAAGAACUCCCUGGGAAGUUUUAGAAGAGGGGAAAGAAAUAGUUCUACCACUCCCCAGGGAGCGGUCCUGCAGCACACACCUGCCACCUCUGAGGAGCAAAUGAUGGCUAGCAUCCCAGUAACCAUCGAAGGUGCUACUGCUGCCCGGAGAAUUAGCAACCCCUUGUCCGGAACCAGUGCACCAGCCAUUAGAAUCGCCUCAGCCACCAACAGGGAAAAUAGACCUUCCGCAGCACACAGCACCCUAGUAACUCCCAAAGGCAAGGCAACCGUGACCACACAGGUCCACCGCUGUGUGGUUGUGGAGCCAGCCGCAACUGUACCCAUGGCCCCAUCUCCAAGCACGACAAGCAUCCUGUUCCCAGAGGCACCUGGUUCCAGUCCCUCAGCCUUGCCGCCUGGCUGGCCAAACCUCCACCCCAAGGCGGAGUAUCCCCCAGACCUGUUCAGUGUGGAGGAUCGACGACAGGGCUGGGUGGUCCUACACAUCUUCGGCAUGAUGUACGUGUUUGUGGCCUUGGCCAUCGUGUGCGAUGAGUACUUCGUCCCUGCCUUGGGCGUCAUCACAGACAAACUGCAGAUCUCCGAGGACGUGGCAGGGGCCACGUUCAUGGCUGCCGGAGGCUCUGCCCCUGAGCUCUUCACCUCUCUCAUUGGUGUCUUUAUCUCCCACAGCAAUGUGGGUAUUGGUACCAUCGUAGGCUCGGCCGUGUUCAACAUCCUUUUUGUCAUCGGCACCUGCGCCCUCUUCUCCCGGGAGAUCCUCCACCUCACCUGGUGGCCCCUGUUCCGCGAUGUCUCCUUUUACAUCCUCGACUUGUCCAUGCUCAUCGUCUUCUUCCUGGACAGUCUCAUUGCCUGGUGGGAGAGCCUGCUGCUGCUGCUGGCCUACGCGCUCUACGUGUUCACUAUGAAGUGGAACAAGCAGAUUGAGCUCUGGGUGAAAGAACAGCUAAGCAGGGGGCCAGUAGCCAAAAUCAUGGCCCUGGGAGACCUCAGUCAGCCCAGUGAUGGUGCCAUUGAGGAAAGUGAGCAACAGGACGACAGGAAGUUGAAGCUCCCGUCCGUGCUGACCCGAGGGAGCAGCUCGGCCUCUCUGCACAACAGCAUCAUCCGCAGCACCAUCUAUCACCUCAUGCUCCACAGCCUGGACCCCCUGGGGGAAGCCCACCCCUCCAAGGACAAGCAGGAGAGUUUGAAUCAGGAAACCAGCGUCCUUCCCCAGAGCAAAGCAGAAAGCAGCCCAGACGAGGAGGAGCCAGCCGAGCUCCCUGCGGUCACGGUCACUCCAGCCCCUGCUUCAGACGCCAAGGGAGAUCAGGAGGAGGAUCCAGGCUGCCAGGAAGAUGUGGAAGAGGCUGAACCCAGAGGAGAAGUGACAGGUGAAGAGGGUGAAAGGGAAACUGAGGCGGAAGGAAAAAAAGAUGAAGAAGGGGAAACUGAGGCAGAAAGGAAAGAAGAUGAGCAAGAAGAAGAAACUGAGGCAGAAGGAAAAGAGGAACAAGAAGGGGAAACUGAGGCAGGAGAAGAAGUUGACCAUGAAGGGGAAACUGAGGCAGAAGGAAAUGAAGUUGACCAUGAAGGGGAAACUGAGGCAGAAGGAAAUGAUGUUGACCAUGAAGGGCAAGAUGAAACCAAAGCAGACACUGAGGUGAAAGAUGGUGAGGGUGAAACAGAAGCCAAUGCUGAAGACCAAGGUGAGGCCACCCAAGGUGAGAAAGGUACAGACGGUGGAGGGGGAAGUGACGGAGGGGACAGUGAGGAAGAGGAGGAGGAAGAGGAGGAAGAAGAGGAGGAAGAAGAGGAAGAGGAGGAGGAAGAGGAAAAUGAGGAGCCUCUGUCCUUGGAGUGGCCUGAGAGCAGGCAGAAGCAGGCCAUCUACCUCUUUCUCCUGCCCAUCGUGUUCCCACUGUGGCUGACAAUACCUGAUGUGCGGAGGCAGGAGUCCAGAAAGUUCUUUGUCAUUACCUUCCUGGGAUCCAUCAUCUGGAUAGCCAUGUUCUCAUACCUCAUGGUAUGGUGGGCUCACCAGGUUGGUGAAACCAUUGGGAUUUCUGAAGAGAUUAUGGGUUUGACAAUCCUAGCAGCAGGUACUUCAAUUCCUGACCUCAUUACCAGUGUGAUCGUCGCCCGGAAAGGCCUGGGAGACAUGGCCGUGUCAAGCUCAGUGGGCAGUAACAUAUUUGAUAUCACAGUGGGCCUGCCUGUCCCUUGGCUCCUCUUCUCUCUCAUCAAUGCCCUGCAGCCUGUCCCCGUCAGCAGCAAUGGCCUGUUCUGCGCAAUUGUCUUGCUCUUUCUCAUGCUCCUGUUUGUAAUCUUCUCAAUUGCAUCGUGUAAAUGGAGAAUGAACAAAGUCCUGGGCUUCACCAUGUUCCUUCUUUACUUUGUGUUCCUGGUCAUCAGUGUGAUGUUAGAAGAUCGAAUCAUAUCCUGCCCUGUGUCUGUCUGAUUCUGCCACUGAUGCUCAAGAUGGACAUAGAGCAGAAGACCACGCUGGAAGUUACUGUCCCUCUUACCAUACCAAUCCAAUAAUAAACAUGAUCAGGAAUGUGAACUGGGCAGUGCAGACCCUCAGAAGUGACGGUCAUCAUAGCUGAGGCUUCUCUUUGCAAACAUCUGCAGCUUCUGGUGGAUCAAGAGUGUUACCUUGGAAGGGAGAGUUCCUACCACUCAGGCAAGCAGCUGUCAUGCAGCCAGAGGGCUUCCUAUACGAGACCUGGGGUUACUGUUGGGAUGGCAGAAAGAAGACAAGUACCCUUGCUCACAGUUCCUUGGUCACUCCUGAAGAGCCAUGGCGCAACAUGCAGGGUCGAAGGCUCGUUCUCCCAAACACUGCCCUAAAUAUGCACCGCCAAGUGCUAUUCUUCCUGGUGCAAUUGUGAAGCCACAUCAGGUUUGCUGUCUUUGUGAGUUCAGUUAAUGAGUCUAAGAAGUGAAGGCUUUGGGGCAGGGGGCAGGGGCAGGGGCAGGGGCAGGAAUACAU